ACACAUCUAGUGAUUACAUGAAGAUCUCGCUUAAAAUACUUAUAAACGAUUGACAGCACGCAUUCGUAAUUUGCAAAGUUACGCGAGUACACAUUACGUGUAUGUGUAUGUGUGUGUGUGUGUGCCAUACAAGUUUAUCAGUCUAUUUUGCUUAUUAAUAAUCGAACGUUGUGAUAAAAGAGGAAAAAGUUUAACUCGCACAUUACGGUCCAUACCAGGCGGCUAUGUGCAAAUCCCGGCUAAUUUCGUACACAGAAGAUGUUUCGCUCAUAUGCAUGGCAGUUAAUAUGUUUUUAUUAUUCGGUAAUGUUCGUGACCACGUAUUUACUCGUUUCCGCUAAUGACAUUACUGCUGAGACAGGACAGCUAACUUUAUGCCAACAAUCGAUAAGUAAACACAGUUUGGUUUUUGUCAGUACAUUGGAUGGGAAAAUAUCCGCACUUGACGCUGCUAAUUAUGGAGAAAUACUGUGGACUUUAGAUUUUAACGAUGGACCAUUGUUGUCAUCCAGUAUUCAUAACAUAGAACUUAACGAUAAUGGUCAACCGCUACGUAUUAUCCCAUCUUUGAAUGGUGUCUUCUUUAAAUUUGAUGGAAAAACUUUGGAAUCAGUGCCAAUAUCAACUGAUCAAUUUUUGCAUCAUUCAUUUCAUUCUUACGAUGAUUUAGAUUUCUCAGGUGGUAAAAACCUUCAUACUUAUGGUGUAUCAGUCAGUACAGGAAAAAUUUUAUAUGAAUGUAAUGUUAUGGAAUGUAAAAACAAUACAGAUCCUGAGGGACAUUUGGGAUAUGAUGUACUUGUUAUUCAUCGUUUUCAACAAACAGUACGAGCUAUAGAACCUCAUACAGGUAAUGAAAGAUGGAACUUCAGCGUUGGACAAUAUAAUCUAAAGUUAAAUCGUCAUGUAAAUGAUUGUCCUAACAUAAUUCUAGAUACAGAAAUUAAAGCAAGUAUUUCAGAAGGUUUGGUUUUCGCUGUGGAUAAAAAUGAUAAUAAGUUAUGGCAAUAUAAGUUUAGUGCUCCAAUUGUUUCAAUAUGGCACGAAGAUACAUCCAAAACAAAGGGAGAAUAUUUAGAAAACAAAAAAUUAAUUAAUUAUUUGAAAUCAAUUGAUUUAUUUGAUGAUUCUCAUUGGAGAUCUUCAUAUACUACAAGUCCAAGUUUAUAUGUAGGCAGGUAUGAAAAUCAAUUAUAUGUGCAAGAAAAGCCCAAUACUGAAAAUUCAUUGGAUCGGAUCCCCAAGAAUGUUCAACAUAAAAAAUAUUUUUUGCAUCCAACAGAUGUUAAUAGAAUUGAAACAAGUGAAGCAUACAACACAACUGCAUUGUCCGUAUUAUAUAAUUCAGAACAUAUUAAUGGUAAUGGAUUUUUUCUGUAUUCAGAACAGUUAAUUGAUAAUGAAAAAUGUAAUAUUGAGAAUAAUAUUGAGAACAAUAUGACAAAUAAUAACAAUAUAAAUGAAAUGACUGAUGACAAAGAAUAUAUCAUCGAGGAGGACGCUGAUACACCUGUCCAAAUUAUUAUAGUAUCACUUUGGUAUUGGUGGAAAGAAGUUUUAAUAAUAUCAAUUACAACUGCUAUUUUAUUGAAUUUUGUGCAACAUUUAUUAAGCACGACAAGGGAAGCUAGGGAUGCUAUACUUCCACCUUUGAUAGUAGAAAGACAUAUAGAAACCAAAACUAAUUCGGCUAAUGAUAGCAGUGAAAAUGUGAAUAAUUUUAAAUCGCGUUAUCUAACGGACUUUGAGCCAGUUGAUUGCUUAGGAAAAGGAGGCUAUGGUAUUGUCUUCGAGGCCAAAAACAAAAUUGAUGAUUGUAAUUAUGCUAUCAAGAGAAUUGCUUUGCCAAAUAGCCAAGAUUCAAGAGAGCGUGUAAUGAGAGAAGUAAAAGCAUUAGCUAAAUUAGAUCAUCACAAUAUAGUAAGAUACUUUAAUGCUUGGCUGGAGUGUCCUCCUAGUGGAUGGCAAGAAGAACACGAUCAACAAUGGAUUAAUAAGCUACAGUUUUCAUUAUCAACAUUUCCUUCAGAAGUAACUCAGGCUGAAACAAAACCUGACGAUUCUGUGUGCAUCAAUGUUUCUCAAACCAAUUCUUGUUCUGUAGAUAGCGCCUGUGAAGCUCUCGAAUUAAAUAAUGUAGAUGUGAGCGAUGAUUCACUUAUUGUAUUUGAAAAGUUAAAUGAGAAGCGUGACAAUGAUGCAAUUGGUAUUAAUGGUUAUAGUACUGGUAGUACUGGUAGUUUGGACUUAUCUUCUUCAAAUAAUGAAUCUGAAGAGGAAUCGCCAAAUAUUAAUAAUAUUACUAAUCAUUCCGAAAGCAUUGUGUUUAUUGAAGAGACUGAUAAUGAUAUUGUGAUAGAAGAAAAAAAACACAAACGUCAAAAAUCUUUUUCUUUAAAUUUGUAUAAUAAAUCGAAUAAUCACAAAUCGGCAAAAAUGUUUCUAUAUAUACAGAUGCAAUUGUGCCAAAGAUUCAGUCUCAAAGAAUGGCUAAAACAACACACAUCAAUGAGAGAUCCCGUUCAAGUGUUAAAUAUUUUUCAGCAAAUAGUAGAUGCUGUGGAAUAUGUGCAUUUACAAGGAUUAAUUCAUCGAGAUUUAAAGCCAUCAAAUAUAUUUUUUGCUUAUGAUGAUAAAAUAAAGAUUGGCGAUUUUGGCCUUGUAACAGCAAUGACUGAAAGUUGUGAUGGAGCUUGUACACCUUCAGCCGAGAAUGAGAAUGCCACUUUAAAAAAUAGCAUACAUACUGCGCAUGUUGGCACACAUUUAUAUAUGUCACCAGAACAAAUGAAUGGCCAAAUGUAUAAUUAUAAAGUAGAUAUUUACUCUUUAGGAAUAAUUUUUUUUGAGCUUCUUAUACCAUUUUUUACUGAUAUGGAAAGAAUAGUUGCGCUUUCAAAUUUGAAAAAAUCUAUUUUUCCAAAAAAUUUUGCAGAGAAUUAUUCUGCUAAGUAUCAUUUGCUCAAAAUGAUGUUGGAUGAAAAUCCUGCUAAGCGACCUACAACUUUAGGUAUUAGAGCAAAACUACUGCAAAAUAAUAAAAUAACUGAUUUUAAUAUGGAUGAAAAUUCAAAAUGGCAUUUUGAACUGCCACAAUUAAUUAAAAAUUCCUCCGGAACAUGAAGCAAUAACAGUGAAUCAUCAGAGAAUAUAAUUUAACAAAAUAGAAGUUACAAAUAUUUUU